AUGUCAGAGAUGCUGCGCAAGGCCGAAGACCUUAUCUAUGGUCACCAGCAUGAAACAAAUGACACAGAUCAAACUCGCCACAACUCAUCGCCACCUCCUGGUACCGUCUCCAGGGGUGUUCAAACAUCGGGGACUAUCAUGACAGAAGGGCCCACGGGCGUCUAUACCAGCGAUGUUGCCAGCCAGAUUGACGAUCAGAUCACUGGUGACUCUGACGAUGAAGAUCAUGAUGCGAAGAAGUCUAUAGAUUCAAAGCCAGCGAGGCCAACUAAGCAGGAUACUUUGGUCGGUUGUUAA